AUGAGCAGUCUCGAGCUCGUUCAGUGGCUUUUCGAGCGCUUUCCUGACUGCGGGAGCACGGGCGUACAAUCCCCGCUGCAGUGGAAGAGCGACAUGGAGAAUGGGACGAGACUAGGGGCUGCUGGGGAGGACGUCGCCGGGUUCACUGGGGAGGGGUCGAUGCAGCUCGCGCAGCUUCAGCAGGACACAGAAGUCUUCAAGUGGAUGUAUCGAGAGACAGCUGACGCGCUUAGAGACGACUAUGCUGCGGUAAGUGCUGCUGUUGCCGCUGGAGAUGUGGCGCUGGCGCAGUGGCUUGUAGAUACUGCUGAUGUGGAACCCAAUCACCCCGCCGAACCUCAAGGUGCUGCUGCGGGUGGGCAUGUCGAUCCUCUGCAGUGGCUGCACGAUCGGGGCAAGUAUUUGCAGAUGAUGCUGAGCUGGGAGGUUCGAGUGAGUGCGAAACCUCGGACGACAUGGCUGCACGAGAACCGGCCGGAAGGAUGCACCACGGACGCGAUAGAUGGGGCAGCAAGUUGGGGCCACCUCGACGUCGUGAAGUGGUUGCAUGAGCACACAAACGAAGGUUGCACGGCUGAGGCAAUGAAUGGCGCAGCGGAAGGUGGCCACCUCGAGGUUGUGAACUGGCUGCAUGAAAACCGAACCGAAGGCUGUACAAGCGCCGCAAUGGACAAUGCGGCACGAGGUGGCUAUUUGAACAUUGUAAAGUGGUUGCAUGCGAAUCGUACCGAAGGGUGCACGAGCGCUGCCAUGGAUGGCGCAGCUGGUUGCGGGGCGAUGGACGUUGUGAAGUGGCUGCGCCACAACAGCAAGGAGGGGUGCACCACUUCUGCUAUGAGCAAAGCUGCGCAAAGCGGCUACCGACGGGUCUUACGGUGGCUGUAUGAGAACCGAAUGGAGGCCCGAGAUGUAGUUGAUGCGACAGAGAACGCAAGCUGGGCUGGCCAGUUCGAGGCUGUGCUAAUGCUUGAGCUGAUUUCCAACCCAGAUCUCGCCAUCUUGGUGCUGGAUGAUCACGACUCGGCCGUCUGGACCAACGAGCACUAUAGCGACGUCCUGCUUGUCCUUCUCCCACGAGGAGAAGACGAUGACGAUGGCAGCGACGACAAUAGAGGGAGUCUUCCUGCCGAUGCGUUAAAUCAGCACAGUCUAUUGGACAUGGCAUCACCAUCGGCUCCGACGCCGCCGCUGCUGGCCGUGGCGCUGCUCUUCCGCUCCAAGCCGCAGUUCGCCGGCAUCGACCACGUCAUCCACGCCGUCUCCACCUUCGCAGACUCGUCCGUGGAGCUGCCGCUCGCCUCCGCCAGUCGGUUCGGGUCCGUGGCGCUGCUCGAGCGCGUCUGGAACAGCUCCGUCGACCUGGAGCCUGGCGGCAGGUCCCUCUGGUCGGUGCGGAGACUGCUGAGGGACUAUCCGUUGUACAACAAGUGGCAGUUCACAUUGUCUCUGGUGGGGGCGAUCAAGGCGAACAGUGUGGAGGUGGUUCGGUGGCUGUUCGAACGAUACCCGGACUACGGCGUGCGGCGGAAGGUGGUGUACGAGGCGGCGUCAGCGGGUGCGCUGGAGAUCCUUCGGUUCUUUCGAGAUAACGGCACCAUUGUGAACUUUGCGGACGAAGAGGAUCUACCAGGGCAGGAAUGGGAUCAGGAGACGGAGAACUGGGAACGAGGCCGCUGGGUCUAUUGGGGCAACGAGGACGCCGAACGAGCGGCCGCUGCGGGCCAUGUGGACGUCGUUCGGUAUAUAUACGAGACGGCGGAGAAUGAGGAUAGAAGUGACUAUGGUUCCAUGGAAGGAGCUGUUGCAGCGGGAGACUUGGAGUUGCUGCGGUGGCUCCAGGACCACCUCGGUAUGGAACCGGAAGGCUACACUGUGCCGAUCCGUGCAGCGGCCGGUGGACAUCUCGAGGCUUUGCAGUAUCUUAAGGAACGAGGCUAUUGUAGGAGGGAAGAAGCUGGGGUGCUCGUGAAAGCGGCGGAGGCGGGUCACCUCCACGUGGUGCGCUGGAUUAUCGAAGAGGACUGGAACGAUGAAGCCAUGCUCACGGACGGAGGGAGCGACGAUGAAGACUGGUACAGCAACCGCAUGUUUCAUGCGCCGAAAGUGCGCCGGACAUAUCAUACCUCGUUAGGCGGAGAGGCGAGUCUUGCUAUCCAUGCCGCCGCUAUUAACGGGCAUCUGGAGGUUGCGAAGUACCUGUACGCUCGCACGGACAAGCCGCUGAAUCCUAGAGACGAAGAUAUCGAGAAUCGAAGACUUGCCGACAGGAAAGCUACCCUUGAAAGACCACUCGGACAGAGAAACAAUGCCCACAAGGUGUCGGGUGAAACGAUGUACCUUGCAGCGCAGAGAGGGUAUUUCGACGUCGUGCAGUGGCUCUACACGGAAUUCAACGCCGAUCCGACAAUAAACCUCUUCUGGACAAGCGGACACCAUAUGGAGCAGCUCUUCGACAGCACAGUCGACGCAGCAGCGGCGAGCGGUCGUGUGGAAAUCGUGCAGUACCUCCUCCAAGCUGACUCAGCUACUCAGGACUCAGCGAAUGCCGAGCAGAAGCCGAAGAGGAGAUGCCUGCACAGGUUCCGCGACUUUGCUAGGGACAUAUUGGAACAAGGAAAUUAUAAAUUGGAGCUCGAACCGACAAGGCCAAGCUGCACCACAGACGUCAUGGACCUUGCUGCCCGAAACGGACACUUGGAAAUGGUGAAGUGGCUGCACUAUAACCGGUCAGAAGGAUGUACCACCAAAGCGAUGGACGAGGCAGCAAGGGGUGGCCACCUCGAGGUUGUGAAGUGGCUGCAUGAACACAGAACUGAAGGAUGUACAGUCGGUGCAAUGGAUUCCGCAGCAGGUGGAGGUCACCUGGAAGUUGUGAAGUGGCUGCACGAAAAUUGUACUGAAGGGUGCUCGAGAGACGCCAUGACGUUAGCAGCUGAAAGCGGUCACCUGCGAGUACUCCGAUGGUUGCACGAGAAUCGUACGGGGGGCUUCACAACGGGGGCCACGGUUAGCCCUGCCGCGGUAGGAAACUUCGAGCCCGCGUUGAUUUUGCACGGCAUAGCACAAAAUGGUCUUGCCAGUAGAGUUGACAGAAUGGAGGAGGACGCAUCCAAGGCCUGGGUAGCUGAACAGUACCACGAGGUUGUGCGUGUUGCACUCAAAGAAGACUGA